GACAGUUCUCCCUCUCCUCCUCGCUGAGGUUUGGGGUAACCCUCCUGGGGCAACAGUAGCAGUGUCCCGUUACCGCACUGUCUCUCUCCCAAUUCUCAUUCUGUACAGUCCUGUCACACACCCCCUAGUCCUCUGUUAGCAGCUCUACUGUGCCACUACACCCAGGCCCAUCUCAAUGACAGGAGCCACUCAGUGACAGGAUGCAGGCUGUUUUGUAACACCGUCUCUCUAGACUCACUCAGUGACAGGACGCAGGCUGUUUUGUAACACCGUCUCUCUAGACUCACUCAGUGACAGGAUGCACACUGUGCUGUAACACCGUCUCUCUAGACUCACUCAGUGACAGGACACACACUGUGCUGUAACACUGGCUCUCUCUAGACUCACUCAGUGACAGGACACACACUGUGCUGUAACACCGUCUCUCUAGACUCACUCAGUGACAGGACGCAGGCUGUGCUGUAACACCGUCUCUCGAGACUCACUCAGUGACAGGAUGCACACUGUGCUGUAACACCGUCUCUCUAGACUCACUCAGUGACAGGACACACACUGUGUAGUUGUUCUCCCAGGCCCUCUCCUGCUGUGUCGUGGCCACACCGGCCCCUUUAAGAGCCUCAGCACCCAGAAGCCCUUUCUUCAGCAAGUCUGUGACGUAUCUAGGAUGUUUGUGUGUCUCCAUAAUCCCUCGCUCUCUCCCUCUCUCUUUCUCUCUCUCUAUCUUUUUUUCUCUCUCUCCUCCUCCUCUGCCUCCUUUCGUUAUGUUACUUGUUUGAAAACAGAUCUAGCUUGGCCUUCCUGUCCACCUCCAAACCCCCCCCUCUCUCAAAAUCAAAACCCUGAAAUGAAAUCAGGACGGUCACACGAAACAAUGUGCGAGCAGCGUGCAGGGCAGGAGCAGGAGAGGAUGCGUCUACAGCAGCAUUACAGCACGGAGAGGGACAAUCUGGUCCAGCAGCGCCAGCGGGAGGUGGGCACCAUGGAGAGGGAGGCGCGGGCCGCCCUGCACCAGCACCAGCACCAGACCCAGGAGUGGAGGCAACACGACGCCCAGGUCAUCUCUAACCUGGAGGAGCAGGUGUCCUCUCUGAGGGAUGAGCUGCAGCAGGCCCACAGCCAGAGGAAGCAGCAGCUGCUGGAGCUGGGGGUGCUCAGGGAGGAGGAGAGGCAGCGCGCGGCCCAGGACCAGGAGGCCUCCCUGGGCAGGCUGAGAGCCGAGAUGGACCACAUCUGCCUGGAGCUGGAGACGAGCCACAAGGCCGAGAGACAACUGGCCCAGGAGAAGGUGGGUGAGGGGGUCGGGGUUGGGACAUAGCACUGCCAGGGGAGAAGGGAAGCGAGAGAGAGCCCAGGAUAAGGUGGGUGAUGGGAUGGGUGGGUUAGGGACAUAGCACUGCCAGGGGAGAAGGGAAGCGAGAGAGAGCCCAGGAUAAGGUGGGUGAUGGGAUGGGUGGGCUAGGGACAUAGCACCGCCAGGGGAGAAAGGAAGAGAGAGAGAGAGCCCAGGAUAAGGUGGGUGAUGGGAUGGGUGGGUUAGGGACAUAGCACUGCCAGGGGAGAAGGGAAGCGAGAGAGAGCCCAGGAUAAGGUGGGUGUGAUGGGAUGGGAUGAGUGGGCUACGGACAUAGCACCGCCAGGGGAGAAGGGAAGAGAGAGAGAGCCCAGGAUAAGGUGGGUGAUGGGAUGGGUGGGCUAGGGACAUAGCACUGCCAGGGGAGAAGGGAAGAGAGAGAGAGCCCAGGAUAAGGUGGGUGAUGGGAUGGGUGGGCUAGGGACAUAGCACCGCCAGGGGAGAUGGGAAGAGAGAGAGAGCCCAGGAUAAGGUGGGUGAUGGGAUGGGUGGGCUAGGGACAUAGCACCGCCACAAGUUAAUGACAUCCUCCCUCUUCUCCUCCAUUUCCACCCUCUGUCCUCCUUUCAUAGUCUCCCACCCCUCCAUGGCACUCCCAGUAGAGAAGAACAGGGUACAGAGGUGGGGUAGUAUACAUAUGGAGAAUCAGUCAUGCUCCAGUAUACCAGAUGUGUCCUGUUAUUGGUAUGUAGGACAUAACAGAGUGCUUAUCAGAUGGAAGCUUUUAACACUAGGUCUGCUGGGCGUCCAUGGACCCCCCUUUAAGCUAAUGAGCAGUCAUUCUGACUGCAACAUUCUAACAGUGGAAUUCUUAUAUUUCAUAUAUGCUAUAGCAAAAAUAAUACUGUGGUUGAGUUUAUGAAGGCCUUGGCUAACAUUACAAUAUGAGUUGUAUUUGAUUUCAAAUAACACAAUAGCAUUUUCAUUAGUUUAUGUUACUGUAGGUUAUAUGUAAAAACAAAA